AUGGGCUGCAGUCCGCAGCAAAAAUCUUAUAGCAGAGCCUGCUGUAAGAUCUUUGGUCCGCAGCCUGGAUCACCCGGGCUGGCUUACGGGCUGCCUCUUGGUCCCUCCCUCCCGGGAACCGGACCGACCGGUUCGUUCCCAGCCAUGGAGGAGAGCGAAGGCGAGUGGGAGAGCUUGGUCGCAGAGGGAGACUUACAAGCCCGGGGGGUGACGGACUCCAGGGGCCGCGGGGGAGUGGCCGAGCCCGGAGCCUUGACCCAGCCGCCCGGCCACAGCUCGGGGGCUCCGGCUGCAGCUAACCCAGAUGAGAGGACGAUCAGGAGCGUGUCCAAUGAACUGACGGUUAUUGCUGACACAGCUCAACAGCAUCGCUUUCCCAGAGCUGAAGACAAUUCCUGUGGGCAUGAAAUGGAACCAAGGCAACAGACGACUGGCCCGGUGCCCCUCGAAUCGGACUUCUUUGUAUCGAUGAAACUUGCCACCGUUUUAGCUUUCAUCUUUGUCGCCGUCACCAUCUUAUUGGUUUGCUCCAAGCAGAACGAACCACUUCCCAUCCACCCCGCCUCACCGAAGUUCACUCAGCAACACGCACUGAAUCAAAAGCUUCAUAAACUGAGGUUGUUUUUCCCAAGACAGUCAGACAGUUUCUGGGCAGUACUGGAGAAGAUUUUCAAUCAGCUUCCCGCUGACCCUGGGCAGAGACUCCAAGCUCGGUUAGUUGGAGUUGGAUACGGAGAUUCAUGGAACACCAUGGUUUGCCUCUCCAGGACUAUUGCGAGUUUAUUGCUAGUUGGUGCCGGUGAUCUGGGUCCAGAUGGGGUGAGUAAAAUGUGGGAUGACAGCCAGGUUCUCUGGUCACAAGGCGGUUCCUCUCCCAGACCAGGCACCACCAACGUUGUAAUUGCAGAAAUUGUGAUAAACCACACCUGUACUGUAACCCUGAGCCUACAUCCAGUCACUGAGCCAACAGAUGCACCAACAACCCUCAUCUCAGUGGGGUCUAUUCAAGCGCAGCCCAAGCAGGAGAUAUUUCCUUCUAAUUUCACGCUGAGAAUCUUGGCCAAGGUUUUGCGCCAUCUUAACCAAACAGUCUCCAUUAAUGCAGACAUCCCAAACACUACUGUUCUAGUAGUGAAUCCGGAGGACCACUUGGAGAGGGGCUUUCUCUGCUGAGUCUGGUCAUUUUGAUGGCUAGUUUCGCCUUGACUUUAUUCGGUAAAGAACUCAGGAAAGAAAAGUAUAGUAUAAGCAGUUUGUGACUAGAACAAAAGGUGAGCGUUGUUAGUGGUUGACAGGCAAAUGUGUAGAUAACGUUUGAGGAUCAGCACUGUGAACAGAGGAUCUCGGGUCUCAUGGCACGUAGAAAAGUACAGCACCAGAACAAGCCCUUCGGCCCACAAUGUCUGUGCCAAACAUGACGUCAAGCUAAACUAACCUCAUCUGCCCACACAUGAUCCAUAUCCCCCCCCACUCCCUGCAUUCCCAUGUGCCUAUCCAAAAGCCCCUUGAACGGCACUAUCGUGUUUUCCUCCGACAAAACCCUUGGCAGCGUGUUCCAGGCACCCACCACUCUAUGUGUAAAACAAACUGGUCCCAACCAUCUCCUUUCAGCUUUGCCCCUCUCACCUUAAAGCUAUGCCCUGACGAUUUUUGAUUUUUGCACCCUGGGGAAAAAUAUUUUCUGCAUGUCUACCCGAUCUAUGCAUCAAAUAGUAACUGAGGGAGCAGCACUUAGAUUAAUGUUGGAUGUAAUGUUGACAUUUGCUGCAGUUUGAUAAGUUAACUGAGUGUGUGAUUCAUACUGACCUUGAACUGAAGGAUGUCUGUGCUGCCUGGAAAUCAUUUUAAGAUUUGUAUUGUAGUAUGUUACCAAUUUGAAAUGAAUCUCAGUCAAUGUACAAAUGAUAGUUUAAAAAAAAAAACACAUUUCAAUCUAAAGAACAUUAUCAGUAAAUGUCAAUUCCAGCACAAAUUGUUAAGUUGAUGAUAUCCAAUGGUCCCACAUUGCCAACCUCCUCCACCCCUCCCCACUCCCUGGCCAUUUUUCGCUGCCGCAUUCAGUCAGGCCAAAAUAUGUAACAGUUCCUGGUGAGAAAUUGCAAAUAGGAGAUGUAGCCCAGUCUAUCACACAGCCCAGACCUCCUAGCCAUUGACUCCCAUCUACAUUUCAUGUUGCCUCGGAAAGACAGCCAACAUAAUCAAAGAAUCAAAGACUUGUUCCACCCCAGUUGUUCCUUCUUCCUGCUCCUGUUACCUCAGCCCCAUUGAUCUAAAAGCCAGAAUCCCUGCACCCUUCACCGGCUGCCCACCCACACAUCCAUCAGCAUUCAUUUUAACUUGUUGCCGAGCUUCCUGCAUUCCCUGUGCAGGAAUUCAUCCUUUUUUCUACUUAUGUUGCUGGUACCAAAAUGUACAAGGACAUCCGAUUGCUCCCCCUCCCCCUUUUUACCGUGAGGUUGCAUCACAGCUUGGUUUGGGAACAGCUCUGCCCGAGGCCAAAAUAAAUUGCAGAAUUGUAGAGGUAGCCCAGUCCAUCACACAGACCAGAUGCCCCACCAUUGACUCCAUCUACAUUUCAUGCCACCUCAGGAAAGCAGCCAACAAAUGAUCAAAGACUUGUCCCAUCCCAACUUCUUGAAGAAGUUGUUCUCCCAACUUCUUCUCCCUGCUCCCAUCUAGCUAAAAGGUGCAGAAGCUUGAAAGCACGCACCAUCAGGCUCAGAAACAGCUUAUUCCAUUCUGUUGUCAGGCUUCCGAAUGGUCCUUCCAUAAGCAAGGGUGCUGUCUGAUUCACCACUACUCCAUUGCCAUCAUUAGACUUCAUCUAUGGAACUGAAGUGGUACAAUGCUGAGAACUAUAUUCUGCACUCUGUAUCUUCCAUUUUGCUCCACCUAAUGUACUUGAGUUUGAUUUGAUUGUAUUAAGUAUAGUGUUAUCUGAUCUGAUUGAUUAGCAUGCAAAAUAAAGAUUUUCACUGCGUCUUGGUACAUGUGACAAUUAUAAAUCGAAAACUUUGCAUCAUCAAAUAAAAUAGCUGUCAGUCCCAGGGAAAUGGAUGUAUAUUUUCUGUAAACAGUGAAUUUUUUUAUAUAAAUUUUAUAUUAGGACAUAUAUAAAUGUAUUUUUUGAAAUUAAUAUUAAAAUUAAAUUGUACA